AUGGCUUCCAUAGAUGCUUUGUCCUCAUCAUCAUCAGAACCCCAAAAUGUUCGUGCAUCUGACAUUUCAAGCAUCAAAACCUUCGCCGAAUCAAACGACGUCGUCGCUUCUAUCCCUUCCUCGUACCACUCACUUCCUCAUGACGAUGAUGUUGCGGACCACCUUGCUGAUUCCAUCCCCGUCAUCGAUUUCUCCCUCCUCAACUCACAGGAUCCUCAAAUCCAUGCCAAUGCCGUUCAAGAACUUGGCAAAGCCUGCCAAGAUUGGAACUUCUUCAUGAUUAUAAAUCAUGGGAUUGGUGAGAGCAUGAUGGAGGAAGUAAUGAAGAAGUCCGUGGAGUUUCACAAUUUGCCUCUUGAAGAGAAGGAGGAGUUCAAAGACGAGGGCUUGUUCCCACACAUUAGAUAUGGCACUGGUUCUCAUAGUCAAGCAGAGAAGGCUCAUUACUGGAGAGAUUAUCUAAGAGUCACAACUUUUCCUGAGUUUCAUUUCCCUCACAAGCCUUCUGGUUUCAAGGAAGUGGCAUUUGAGUAUAGCAGGAAGACCAGAAGUAUCGUGAGGGUAUUGCUUCAGGGAGUAUCAGAGAGUUUAGGGUUAGAGCCUGAUGCUAUAAUUGAGUCCACGGAUUUUGAUUCUGGAUUUCAAAAAUUUCUAGCCAACUUGUAUCCUCCAUGUCCACGUCCAGACCUUGCUUUAGGGAUACCUGCUCAUACUGAUAAUGGCCUCUUCACCAUCCUCACGCAAAACGAAAUUGCAGGCCUUCAAGUGAAACAUGAUGGCAAGUGGAUUAAUGUUAAUCCUCUUACCAAUUGCUUACUUGUAUUUCCUGGAGAUCAACUCGAGCUUGUGAGCAACGGAAGGUACAAGGGUAUUUGGCACAGAGUAAUGCUGAAUGAUAGAAACACAAGGGUGACCAUUGCAAUGAUAGAUGGACCACCUGUUGAGAAAGAGAUAGGGCCAACCCCAAAGCUUUUGGAGAAGGAAAAGCCAUUGUUCAAGAGCAUCAAGUUCAAGGACUACGUUGACCUUAAACUGUCCAAGGGUGAAGCACGAAGACCCUUGGAUGACAUUCUUCUUAUUUAAUUUGCAAUGGGAUUUGAACUUUAUGUUGUUGUAAGCAUGCAACCAUAUAUAUAUAUAUAUGGUUAAGGUACAAAUUUAUCCUAAAAGUUUUCAUUCA